GAUACUUGCAAUAAGAAGAAGAAGAGGAUGAAGAAGAAGAAGGAACACAGAAAGCCCCCACACGCGUUCUCAUGGCGGGGGACCAUACCCUUUAUAAUCCCCGCAUCACAGGCCAUGAGGAUCAGCAAUCACACUUUCUCCUUUUGCCAUUUUGCUCACUUUCUUGUACUCACCAUCUAUUUCGAUAAAGAUUCGGCUUUUUCCCGAGAAAAGAUUCAGUUUUUAGCGGAAUUAACUGUCUUUCGAUGGAUUUGCUCAGAGUAGGCGGUGGAGUGGUACUGCGGAUUGUUCCGAAAUUGUCGGUGUUCGGGUUCUUGAUUUCGGCCUCGGUUUCCUUUGCUUCUUGGUUGGGCGCACGUUCUUUGUUUCGGGUUUGGGAGUUCUUGAAGGGGCAAGAGGGGAAGACUGAGAAGACGAUGAUGGCGAUGGUGGCGAGGCAGGGAAGGGAGCUUCAGAGGUACUCUAGCUGCGGUCGGAGGCUUGUUGUCGGGUGCAUUCCAUAUAAGUUAAAGAAGGGUGAUCCUUGCACGGAGGGCAUAGAUAAAUUGGUGCAAGUUCUUGUCAUAAGCUCACAAAAGGGCCAUGGGAUGAUGUUUCCUAAGGGAGGAUGGGAAUCUGAUGAAACUAUAACGCAAGCAGCUUCGAGGGAGGCAUUGGAGGAAGCUGGUGUACAUGGAAAUGUUGAGAGCAAACUUGGAAGAUGGAUGUAUAAAAGCAAUAGAUACAAUGUGCUUUAUGAGGGCAUUAUGUUUCCAUUGAAUGUGAAAGAGGAAUUGCCUUAUUGGCCCGAGAUGGAAGUUCGGAAGAGGAGAUGGGUGAGUGUGGCUGAAGCGAGAGAGGGAUGCCAACAUGUUUGGAUGAGGGAAGCAUUGGAAGUAUUGCUAACAAGACUUGGGAAACAGGUCUCAAAUGCUUAGAUUUUUAUGUUUUUGGGAGGAAUGGCUUUCAUUUCUUUAACAGUGAGAGCAGAAGAAAGAACAACAAUGGUGACAGGUUUAAACACACAGCACAAAAUUCUUUGUAUAUACAAUUCUUUGCCUGCAAGUGAGGAAAAAUUUAGUUUUUGUUUUUUCAUUUUUUUUAGGAAAUAGAUUCACCAUGGUUCAGAAAGAGGGAAUGUAGUUGUAUGUUCUCAUAAGGUUCAUCCACUUUUUGUAGUGAAUGUUAUGAGAAUGCUGAUUGAUGGAAAUAGGGAAUCGAAGCAACUGUGUUGUAACAAAAGAAAAGGAAAAAAAGAAAUCCACAUUCUUUAUUUUUCUGUA